AUGCCUCCGGUAAUUGACAAGAAAUAUGAUUAUUUGGUAAUUGGCGGUGGAAGUGGUGGUUUGGCUUCAGCAAGGCGUGCUGGCCAAUAUGGUGCUAAAGUUGGUUUGAUUGAGUCAAGUGGUAGGUUAGGCGGUACUUGUGUUAACGUCGGUUGUGUUCCUAAAAAAAUCAUGUUCAAUACUGCCAUGGUUGCUGAAGCAUUACAUGAUGCAAAACAAUACGGGUUUGAUUUAAAGUCUGCUCCAAAAUUUAAUUGGAAUUAUCUUAAACUAAAGCGUGAUGCUUAUAUUCAACGUCUUAAUGGGAUUUAUGAGAAAAAUCUUUUAAAAGAUAAUGUUGAUUAUAUUCAUGGAAAGGCUAGUUUUAUAAGCAAAAAUGUGGUUCGUGUGGUGGAUCAAGGAAAUGUUAUGGAAGUUGAAGCUAAAAAAAUUCUAAUUGCUACAGGGGGGUAUCCUUAUGUUCCUGUUGAUACAAUCCCUGGAGCCGAACUUGGAAUUACAAGUGAUGGUUUCUUUAGUCUUGAAGAACAGCCAAAUAAAGUUUUAGUAGUUGGAACAGGUUAUAUUGGUGUUGAAUUAGCAGGUGUUUUCAAUGCUUUAGGCACAAAUACUACAUUAGUUACUCGUUCGGGUGAAAUUUUAAGAACCUUUGAUCCUAUAAUCAAAGAUGUCCUUUUAGAACAAACAAAAUCAGAGGGUAUUCGUCUUUUAACUCAUUCUCAUGUCCACAGCGUAUCACGUGACAAUCCAGGUGCUUCCUUAAAAGUUAAACUUACUUCAAAAGAAACAAAUGAAACAACAGAAGAAUUUGAUGUAAUAUUAUGGGCCGUUGGCAGAAAACCACACAUUGAGGGUCUUAAUUUAGACCAUAUAGGAAUAAAAUUGAAUGAAAAAGGUUAUAUUUACACAGAUGAAUAUCAAAACACUGUAAUAGAUGACAUAUAUGCUUUAGGCGAUGUUUGUGGCGUUGCUCAAUUGACUCCUGUUGCAAUUGGAGCUGGUCGUCGUUUGUCAGAUCGUUUAUUUGGUCCUCCAAAAUUUGCUAAGGCUAAACUUGACUACACCAAUAUUCCAACUGUCGUGUUUCAUGGUACUUGCGGAGCAGUUGGUUUGACUGAACCAGAAGCAAGGAAUAAAUAUGGAGAACAAAAUGUUAAAACUUAUACUUCUAAAUUUGUAAAUUUAUAUAAUUCAAUGACAGAACACAAACCUGCAACAGCAUAUAAACUUGUGGUUGUCGGUGAAGAAGAAAAAGUUGUUGGUAUUCAUAUUGUGGGAAGAGACUCGGCGGAAAUUCUGCAAGGUUUUUCUGUUGCUGUUAAAAUGGGUGCCACAAAAGAAGAUUUUGAUAGUACUGUUGCAAUUCAUCCUACUGCAGCUGAAGAACUCUCAUUUGACAUAUUAACCGGUUUAACAGGCGGACCGGUAAAUAGUGGUUGUUUAGAACGGGGCGAAGCUGGUGGUAUUGGAGAAGGUUGGGGUGACUUUUUUGUGACCAUAUUACUUAUGAAAGAAGAAUAUUACCGUACUAUAGAGUUUGGUAUGGGCAAAUGGUCAAAUGGUGGUGAGGGUAUUAAAGGCUUACCUUGGUUUGCUAAAUGUGGUUUAGGUGUCAAGGCUAAGCUUGUUGACGGUCCUGACUGGGGUGGCGUCAGGAAAGAAAAUUUUGAUGUUCCUAAUUCUU